GGGUGAUUCAACGCUUGUGAAAUUGAAUAUUGCAACUGCUUCAGGCUACCUCAUUUCUGAUUUAUUGAUUAUACUUUUGAAUUGGAAAGUGAUCGGCGACAAGUUUUUUGUAAUUCACCAUUGUACUGCUCUAACGGCAUACUGCUUUGUAUUGAAAGAUGGAGUGCUUUCGUACAUUGCCAAUUUUCGCCUGCUUGCCGAGCUCUCCAGCCCCUUUGUGAACCAGAGGUGGUUCUUUGAAGCCCUGAAGUACCCCAAGUUUUCCAAAGCCAAUGUCAUCAAUGGAAUUCUCAUGACAGUGGUCUUUUUCAUAGUGCGGAUCAUUGCAAUACCGCCUCUGUAUUUCUUUGUGUACUCCGUGUACGGAACAGAGCCCUACAUAAGGCUUGGAUUUACAGUCCAGUAUAUCUGGAUCACUACUUGUUUUGUUUUGGAUGUGAUGAAUGUCAUGUGGAUGAUCAAAAUUACAAAAGGAUGCAUCAAGGUCAUCUCUCUCAUCGGACAGGAGAAAGCCAAGACUAGCCUUCAGAAUGGGAAACUCGAUUAAAGGCGUGCUUCAUCAAA